AUGCCCACCUUGGAAGAGAUCCCCGAUGAGAUCAUCCACCACAUUCUCUCCUACGUAUCGCCGGAGAACAACCUGCUCAGCGUUCAGCUGCUCUCGAGACGACUCAACACGAUCGCCAACGAGCCGCUGCUAUGGCGCCAGCACUGUCGGACGGCCUUCAAGUACUGGGGGCCUGACCAUGACUUCCAAGCCAAGCUCGACGGCAAGGUCUCUGACGUCGACUGGAAGGCGCUGUUCCUCGUACGCAAGGCGACCAACGCCCGCAUCUCCAACCUCUUCGACGGCAUUCUCGCCACCAAGCUCGGCCGCGUGAGGAGGUUCGAGCAGAUUUGCCUCCUCGGCUAUGACGCAAAGGACUUCCUGCUCGAGCAAUGUCACACCAUUGACACGGCGGACGACGUGCUGGCCAGGCGGUAUCACAGCAAGGCCCUUCUCGCGAGCCUCCGCCGAGGACUCGCUCUCGACGUCUGGGACAGCCUGCGCCGCCAUCCGGAUAUCGUGGCCAGCGGGCGAGACCCCCCGUGGCGAAGACCGCGCGCUCUGGAGUCGGCUCUCUCUGCUCUGGACAUGUUUGUCAUCCAGGAUGAUGCGGGCGACAUGAACCACGUAUCCCGCAUCCUCGAUGGCCUAGCCCUUGAGUUCCGGUCCUCUCAACAUAGCUUUGAGCGACAAAGCACGCGAGACAAGUCACUGGCUCUGAACCGAUGGCUUCGAACGCAUAAUCUGACGGGCAUGAGCGAUCCUCACAAGAACUAUCGGAAUCUGAGAAACUGUUUCAUCGGCCAAGCCCUGCGACAGGAGGAACACGAGUCGCUACCUCUCAUCUCCGUGGCCAUCUUCUGCUGCCUCGCGGAACGCCUGGGUCUGAACGCGCACUGCCUGGCCAUUCCGGGCCAUGUACAUGCAGUAGUGUAUGCCACGCGCGACACGAAUCUCGACGGUGUCAAGGCGGAGACGGGGGAGGAAAAUAUUGAGCCUGCAAUUGAUGAGAUGUAUCUGGAUCCUUUCGCGUCAGACUAUGAAGUAUCCAAAGACUCGCUGCGUACCCUCGUGCUCGGUGUUGGCUGGCAAAGGUCUCUGGAAAGCCUCCUCCACCCCGCGCCCGCCGCGACGCUCGUCGUGCGGAUGGCCACCAACAUCAAAGCCACGUACACCUACCACCGCGGCCAAGACCCGUUUCUGCGCGCCGGGAACAUGCUGCACGGCCACCCUUCGGAGAACCUCGAGCUCGCCGUCUACGCCCAGGCCUGGGCGACGCUGCUGCUCACGCCCGGCGCGCCCGAGGAGUUUGGCGAGAGCAGCCGCGAACUCGCCUUCUGGUUCAAUGCGCACCGCACAGAGGACGUGUGGCUCAUUGAAAAGUACUACUCGCCCCUCAGCGAGCGCAUACUGGGCACCUCGGCCAGCGAGUUCACGCGCCCCAUGCGCAGGGAGGACGAGGAGUCGCCCGUGCCGCGGCGACGGGUGCCGGACAUGACCUUCCGCAUCGGCCAGGUGGUGCGGCACGCACGGUACGACAGACUCGGCUUGGUCUACGGGUGGAUCCAGCACGCGGGCAUCACCUUUUACAACUGCAUGAUCGAGGACGGGCCGCCGGCUGUUGUGGCCAGGGCCGAUAAUCUGGAGCUCGUCACGGAUCCGGAUCUGGCUCCGAAUCGGUUUGAGAAGGCGGGGCUCUACUUCAAGAGGUUCGAUCGCUCGACGUGUGCUUUCGUGUCGAACAUGACGGAGGAGUUUCCGGACGACUAG